AUGACCGAUGAGACCCCGACCAUUCGUAAGGCUGUCGAUGAGGGUGAGUUGAGCAAAGGAGAUAGUGAUCUGGAUGACCCGCUAGGCGGUCUGCAGCAUCGUGACGUUAUCCUUGGCUUCUCAUUAGCCAAUCUCACCACAAAGGAUGAGUACGAUGUUGAGGUGUAUCAGCUUCGAGGCUAUGCAGGACAGGUCUUGUUAAGUCGGAUACCUUUGCACAUCAGUCAAGGCUUGCCCACUCUUCGUCAACUGGUAUGCACGCAGUCGCUCCAACUUAUUGCACUUACCAGGGCCGUGGUUGAGUGCCUCGUCCAGCGUGCCUCGACAAUAUCAGUUGAGCGCCGUGUACGGCUCCGUGAUGACUGGCUUCUAGGACCCAUGAACUUGUUUAUGCCAAAAUGGCUUUGUCUCUUCGGCCGUUCAAGUCGGGUCCCAGCACCGCCGCCACUGCUCGAGUUAGCCCAAGUCGUCCUCCCAGUGGUGUUUGGCCUCAAAGAUGUCUCUCGGGUAAAAUGUCACGGGAAUCUGCUUCUAUUGGAAGGCAUUGACGUCGUCGAUGUGGAAAUCGUCUUCGUCGGCACCAUGUUUGUUGACCAGUUCGUCAAUGCCACCAUAGAUGAGCAGCGCGAUAUAGGACACCUCGCGCAAUAG